CAAAAGGCCUUGUUCAACACCAGCAAAGGUAGGUUUGUAGUGUUAAUUUGGGCCCGACCGAAUAAUCCAUAUUUCACUGCACCAUUUCCUUCUUUUAAUUUGAAUUUCACCCGUCAAGCCCAAUCAUAACAUAAUUUCAAUCCGUUACAUGAUGUCCGAACUCGCAACGUGGACGAAGCCCUUUUGCCAAGUCACCAUCCCGUAUUUACGAUCACUAACCCACUCGAUCUCAAACUCUCACGCUUACCCGUAACCAGUCUCUGAUCUUUCACCCUCAAAUUUUCAAACAUAAACAAAAUGGCGUUAACUGCGCUGUUUUUGUCGGCGACAAAGCUCGUCGGAAUUAUUAUGACAGUGUCAAUCGCAGCCAACGCCUUCUCUUUCUGGCGUUACCGGAAAAAGAAUCUCCAGCAGUUCAAGUCUCCCAUCGACGAAUCCUCUGAUACCCUUGCUGAUUUCAAUGUCAAUGGUGAGGAGGAACAUGGAUUUUUCUUUGGAUUAGCAACAGCGCCAGCACAUGUAGAAGACAGGCUCCAUGAUGCUUGGCUACAGUUUGCAGAGGAAAAUCCUUGUCACAAGUCAGAAACAAGAGAUGAUCCUGUGCAAGCUGAUGCGCUGAUAGGUGUUGCUGCUGCUGAUGGUGGCUCUCAUCAAGCUCCAUCAACUGCCAAAGAGUUUAACAAGAAGAAGAAGAAGCCUCUUAAGGUUGCCAUGGAAGCCAUGAUAAGGGGGUUGCAGAAGUUUGUAGAUGAUGAGGUAGAAGAAGAAGGAAAACUGCCUGCUUCUAAUGAGGAAUGCCAUCAUAACGUAGCUGCAUGACACAAUGCUCCUCACCCGGAGGAGAGAUUAAGAUUUUGGUCUGAUCCUGACACAGAACUGAAGCUGGCUAAAGAUACUGGCGUCAGUGUCCUUCGGAUGGGAAUAGACUGGAGCAGAAUCAUGCCACAGGAGCCACUUAAUGGGCUUAAGGAUGCUGUCAAUUAUGCAGCAUUGGAACGAUAUAAAUGUAUCAUCAGCAGGGUUCGCUCUUAUGGAAUGAAGGUGAUGCUCACACUGUUUCAUCACUCAUUGCCCCCAUGGGCUGGUGAUUAUGGUGGAUGGAAACUGGAGAAAACUGUUGAUUACUUCAUAGAUUUUACCAAGCUUGUUGUCCACAGCGUAUCAGAUAUGGUUGACUAUUGGGUAACAUUUAAUGAGCCUCAUGUCUUCUGUAUGCUUACGUAUUGUGCGGGUGCUUGGCCAGGUGGUCAUCCCAAUAUGCUGGAGGCAGCCACUUCUGCUCUACCAACUGGUGUUUUUAAACAGACAUUGCAUUGGAUGGCUAUUGCACAUUCAAAGGCCUAUGACUAUAUCCAUGAACAAAGCACAUCAUCAAACAAAAUGGUUGGAGUAGCACAUAAUGUAUCAUUUACACGGCCAUAUGGUCUCUUUGAUGUUGCUGCUGUUACAUUGGCCAAUUCUCUCACCCUUUUCUCAUAUGUGGAUAGUAUAUGUGACAAGCUAGAUUUUAUAGGCAUAAACUAUUAUGGACAGGAAGUGAUAUCUGGUGCUGGACUGAGGCUACUAGAGACCGAUGAGUACAGUGAAUCAGGGCGAGGGGUUUAUCCAGAUGGCUUGUUUCGUUUGCUAAUACAGUUCCAUGAAAGAUACAAACACCUUAACAUUCCCUUCAUCAUAACAGAGAAUGGGGUUGCGGAUGAGACAGAUGUGAUCCGUUGGCCAUAUCUUUUAGAGCAUUUGCUUGCUGUUUAGGCAGCAAUGAUCAAGGGUGUCCCCUUUUUCGGUUACCUUUUUUGGACUAUUUCUGACAACUGGGAGUGGGCUGAUGGUUAUGGUCCCAAGUUUGGACUUGUAGCAGUUGAUCGUGCCAAUUGCCUAGCUCGGAUCCCACGUCCUUCAUAUCACCUAUUUUCCAAGGUGGUAACGACAAGCAAAAUUACACGUGAAGACAGGGAAACAGCAUGGAAUGAACUUCAAAAAGCUGCUAAAGAGAAGCAAACAAGACCCUUCUAUCGAGCUGUUAAUAAACAUGGUUUGAUGUAUGCAGGAGGCCUUGACAAACCUACACAACGACCUUUUGUUGAUCGAGAUUGGCGAUUUGGACACUACAAGAUGGACGGUCUGCAGGACCCAUUAAGCCGCUUAUAUGGAUGCCUUCUCCGACCAUUCUCCUUCAAAAAGAAAAGAAAAUCUAAAAAAGUUGAUUCUGAAUUGGAUCUUCAGCCUCUUGAGCUGAGUGUCUGAUUGCCUGUCCAUACUGUU